AUGGCUAUUGGUAAAUCACCUGUGCAGUCGCCGCCGCCGCCGCCGCAGCUGCCCGGGGCCAUGCCACCGACGACGCCGCCGGUGGUGCCGCCGCCGGUGAUGCCGCCACCGGUGAUGCCGCCGCCGGUGGUGCCACCGCCGCCGGGUAGGGAGAGAGCAACGGCGCCGCCGGUGGUGCCGCCGCCGCCCCCGCCCCAACCGCACAGAUACCGGUAUGUUUCGGUGCCCGCACCGGCGCCGUACCCGGCCUGGCCUUUGCCACCAUUUGCGGUGCCGCUGCCGGCGCCGUAUGCGCCGUGGCCGACGGAGGUGGCGCCGCCGUUCGCGGCUAGGGCCUCGCCAGCGGCUGACCAGCCAUCGACGACACCGCCGGUGGUGCCUCCGCGGCCGGCUGCCCAGCCGCCACUGGCGCCGUCGCCGCCGGCUGCCCAGCCACCGUCGCCGCCGGCUGCCCAGCCACCGUCGCCGCCGGGACUGCCGCCACCCCGCCUCGCGCCCGCUCGCCUACCGAGAUAUCAGUACCGGUUGUAA